CCGCCCGCCGAGCUCGCUUUUCUCGCGCGUUCUCUCUUUCUCCUCCCUCCGCCUUUCUCCGGGCUACUGACGUAUAAGCCCCGCCUUCCCAUUGGACGGUUCCUUCUUCCGCGGCUGCUGGCGCGCGGUGCCAGUCAACUGAGAGGAAUAUGUUUGUCCCUUUGAGGUGGCUGCGGGAAUCUCCCCGUCAUUUGCUGGUGUGCGAGAGAGGCCACGCGAGGCACGAGCGAUCCCGCCACGCGGCGCAUGUGCGGGACCACGCUUUCAAUUGCCGGGUGUCCUUUUUGAUCCCAGAUUGUGGAAUAGUUCCAGAAGCACUAAAGACCGCAGUAGCAAAUGUUGGAGAGUACUAUCUGGUGAAGAAUUUGUCUCUUCAUGAAUUAGUUUCACAGGAAUUUAUUAACACAUUUGUGAAGAAAGGUUCUUGUUACCUUCUUAGCUAUAAUACAAGGAUUGAUCAAGACAAUUGUGUUGCUCUGCUACCAACAGGCAGACUAAUUUUAUCAGUCGACAAAGACACCUAUGAAGAGCUUGGACUCCAAGGCCAACCUUCUCUGUAUUCUGGCAAGAAACCAAUGAGAUAUAUCAUUACUGUGGACUUGACUGAUUCAGCUUUCACUCCUGAUAGCAAGAAAUAUAACAGAGUGAUCUGGGCCUUGAAAGACAAAAAGCCCCUGGAAUUUGAUUUCUUACUGGCUUGGCACUACUCAGGAUCAGAAGAAUUAAGUUUGAUGUCCUACUUUUCAAAAUACGAGAUACAAGCCCACCAGCCAAAAGUAACAUUCAACACAUUAAGAAAUGUGCAAUGUCCAGUCUUGGAGAAUAAUAAAUUGCAAGGAGAGCCUGAAGUAGCAUGUAGUGCACAGGAAUUCUUUGAAUGGUUGGGUGCCAUUUUCAAUAAUGUUAGUCUGGAAAAUACAUCCUCUAGUUUCGUAUCAACCUAUUCUUGCCCUCAGCCAGGCACACUGGUAGAUCCAGCUUUGACGUGUACGAUAACUGGUUUUAUAAUUCCAGAGAGGAUCAUUGAUUUAUUGGAACAAUUGUGUUCUUAUUUUAAAGAACCCAAGUUGGCUCCCUGGGCGACUCUGGUUGUGCAUGGCUUCGCUGACAGCCCCGUUUCCUGGAGAGAAAGUGAACAUAGUUUCCUCAAAGGAGGAGAGAAUUUAUACACCUUCGUAAUUUUUAGGAAUCUGGAUUACUGGCUUCAGAUGGCAGUAGGAGCCUAUGAUGAUUGUCCUUAGAUUAUGGCCAUUGUGAACCUUCGAAGAUGUUGCAUGAAAUUGCGGGCCGGGAAGGGUUUGAUAUUUAUUACCUGUCAAAAAGUAACUUACAAAAGGAAAAUAUAUUUUAUCAUAAUUUUUCAGAA